AAGUGCGGCACAAGUCAGAAAAACUAACUGGCAAAAUGUGAAACUGUUACGCAUUCUGCCACUCAUAUCUGAAAAUACCAUUUCAGGAUUUUUUUUGCAUCUUGGAAUAUUGUCAUUUAUCUACAUUCUGAAAGCAUCUGAAGAAAACAAGCGUGGUCCUUGCAUCCGAAUUAUUCGUUUUGGAGUAGGCUUUAAAAAUUGAAAGCAUGCAUUUUCUUAGCCUCUUAUCCGGAUUUAUUGCAACGAUGUAGGUUAAGAAAAUACAUUUGCAUUUCAAGGCAUUUCCAAAAAUCUUCCUUUUGAAAUUUACCAUGGAUCUACUGUUAAAACACCAAAGAUGUGAGCCAUAUAGCAUUCAUGCAUGCAUAGUCUGAUUUGAAAUAAAAAAUGAGAGUCAUAUUACUUGGAAUUGUAUUUGCCCUUUUCACAAUUAAGAUCCAUACGUUUGAAUGUGAGCCUCCGGACGUCCAUAUAAAAGAAGAGGAAACCUGCAAUGACUUGCUUGCAUUUAACCUGACAGGAAUUCAACCAGAUUGCCCAGUUUGGUGGGAUGACCUGAACUGUUGGCCACCAUCUCAGAUUGGUCAGACUAUAUCACAACCUUGUCCAGCAUUCCUCAAAACACAGGGGAUUAUCUACAGGAACUGCACCGAGCAGGGAUGGUCCGAGGCCUUUCCUCCGCACGAACUUGCUUGUGACAUAUCCAUGAAUGAGUCCUUUACCUUCUUCAGUGAGACUCCACAGUUCCAUUCAUAUCUGCCCUAUGUGAAGGCCAUGUACACCGCUGGCUAUGCGGUCUCUCUCAUCUGUUUAGUCAUCGCCAUUGCCAUCCUCUGUCUGUUCCCGAAACUGCACUGCACCAGGAACUACAUCCACAUCCAACUCUUUUUCUCCUUCAUCUUCCGAGCAGCCUUUAUUUUCAUCAAAGAUUCUGUGCUCUUCUCCAGUGAAGCCAUCUACCAAUGUGGCUCCUAUUCAUUACCGUGCAAGCUGGUGCUGUUGGUUUCACACUACUGCAUCAUGGCUAACUACAGCUGGCUACUCGUGGAGGGACACUACCUCCACACCCUGGUCAGCGUGUCCUUCUUCUCCGGGAGGAAGUACUUCUGGUGUUAUGUUUUCCUUGGGUGGGGUAUACCAGUAGUUAUAGUAGGAACCUGGGGCUUGGCAAAGUAUUUUUAUGAGAACGAAGGGUGUUGGGAGACCAGGGAUAGUGACUGGAUAUGGUGGAUUCUCAGAGUUCCCGUCCUCCUAUUUAUUGUAGCAAACCUGUUCUUUUUCCUGAACAUCAUAAGAAUACUGGUUGGCAAAUUGAGGAUGUCUGAUGUUCACGGAAAUGAAUUCAGUCAGUACAAGAGGCUUGCCAAGUCCACAUUUCUCCUGGUGGCCCUCUUUGGACUGUAUUAUAUUCUCUUUGCAUUCCUACCACACAAAGUAGACGGUUUAAUUUACAUAAUAUGGAACUUCACAGAAUUGGCACUCGCCUCAACACAGGGCUUUGUAGUGGCAGUUCUCUACUGUUUCCUGAAUGGAGAGGUACAGUAUGAGAUCCAGAGGAAGUGGCGCCGGUGGAGACUGAAGCAGAAGUUCAACGGCACUCCUGCCCUGCACCACGGCUCCAUAAGCCAGAGCGGGUGUCCACUCACACAGGUGGCCCUGCUGCCCAGGAGUUCAGCCAGCCAGCAGCUCAGCCUGGUGUGACCCCCCGCCCAGAACAUGCCAGCACGGUCGGAUUUUCUAUCCUAGCAUUUUUUUCCACUCAUUUUCCUUUGAUUUCAAUGAGAUGUUCAUGAGGUCAAAGAAAGGAUAUGAGGAUGAAUCAAGAGGAUUUAGGAAAAAACAACUACUGUCUCAAAGCAAAACACUCGCCAAAAUGCAACCUAGUGUCUAAAAGCAUAAUUACGACGUAAGCGCCACCUUUAAGAUUGACCAUAUUUUCGUCAAAUCUGUUGUUUUUUCCGCUCGCCGCCAUCUUGCCAGUCAAGUAGUGAGUUGUUCAAAACCUUUCUUUUUAGUAAACUUUGAGUCUACAGUACAAAAAGAGACCCUAGGUUGCAUUUUGGUGAGAGUUUUGCUUUAAAAGAAUCUGACUCUACUUACAGUACAUAAGGUGAGUCUUAUUGACGUAUUCCACCUUGAUCGUUUUUUUGUUACCUGGUACCUUUCCUUUCUUAAAGGAUGCUUCAACGUACCCUAUACAAAAGGAGAUGUGAAAUGAAGCAUUAAAGCACCUACAAACAUUUAGAGAAUCUGAACAGUUUUUAAGAUUGCUUAAUAGUGUGUGUCAUUCAUGCUCUGUAGGAACCUUUCUAGAAAGGGCAAAACCUAUAACAGUCCGAUAAUGGGCACUACCAAACUUUUCUUUUCUAAAGAAAAGAAGUUGUUUCUAAAGUACUUUUUCAUGUAGAAUUAAGUUCUGCUUGGGACAUUUUUGUAUUGCGCAUAGUUAAUGAGAUAAUUUGCGUGGAGAUGAUUCUUCAUUCUCCCUGAUCCAUUCUUCACAGUCUGAGGCAAAUGGUUCCUGGCAUUGUCAACCUGGAAUUUGAAACAUCAUGAAACAUCCUGAAAUAAUCCAGACUGCCAGUGUUAUCCAUGGCAUUCCAUGCUAUCCAUGACUAUUCAUCAAUUUUUUUUUUUUUUAUGCAUGCCAAUUACACUUAUUCAAAGGUACCAUCUGUCAUUCUAAGCAAUUUGUAAUCAGUGACACUUUUUUGGCAUAUUCAACAAAUAUCUCCUCACAAUCCGCUAGCUCGCCAUUCUGUUACAAAAAAAAGAAACACUACAUUAUUUGGUUUAUCGUUAUUUUUGUAUUAUAAUCCUUUUUCCAAAAAAGUUUGGAUGCUGUCUCAAAUGAUCUUCAAAGCUCAUAAGUAAAGAUGAGCAGGUAUUGUACUGUGUGGCAAAAAUGGAACAAUUUAGGAAAAAGGUCCUCAACGUAAAAUUACAAAAAAAUUGGGGUUGUCAUGUAUUGUAAAGAAUAUCAUUACAAUUACAUUCCGAGAAUCUAGACAAAUCUCUGUAUGCAAGGGACAGGGCUG